GACAAGAGUACAGUAUCUCAAGUACUUUAUGUUAUACUUCGCAUUACAUUCUUGUUCAUUGUCUCAGAGAAUAUACUAUAACUUGCAUUAUCACAAAUUAUCAUACAGUUGGAUUGUUUUCAGUAGAUAGUUGAUGUCUUCCCUCCGAAAAUAACAAAUUGAAGCUUCACUUGCAACUUAGGAAGAUGCAGAAAAGAUGAUCUCGAUCACUUCGCCAUGGAUGUAAGCUCACGAUCAAAUUUCGCGCGCUUUCGUGCUCCGUACCUGCUAACCAAUCAGAGUGGCCCGGUGCUUAAUGAAAGUGCAAUUUGCUUGUAUGGGGUCACCGUGAUCACGUCACCAGGUCGGCUCUGCUAUAGCGCUCUCGGGCGGUCAGAAGGUUCACCCAGAGGCCCAUACUACAUAGGCCUUGACGGAUGCAGUUCCGCCCCCCGUCAAGUUUUAUUGCGUUUGCCUUUAUGGGGCCAGUAUUGUGUAUUGAUCCUAUAAGGGACUCAUGUGUACGACUGUAGGGCCAGUGUAGUGAAGCAGCAUGACACGCCGCCGCGGAGGUGGAAGUGCACAACGCACAGGAAGUAGUGAAGAGAUUUCGGCCCUGGCGUCUGAGCCCUCAGCUUCGGCACCACCUCCAAGAGAGACCUCUGACCAGACCUCACAGGAACGGCCAAAGAGUGAAGGUCUAACUCCCUAUCAAGGGAAGAGACGGACCUUUGGAAAGUACAAAUGUCCACAAUGCAAGAAGUUGUGGUGGUCAAGUAACAGCUGGGCCAACCUGGGGCAAGAAUGCAACAAGUGCUUUACCAUGGUAUAUCCAUACUCACAAAGACCCCUUGUAUGCAUUGAUGAUGACGAGGAUGUCUCUAAGCAACCUAAGAAAGAACUUAUGAAAAAGAAGCAUGAAGAGAACCUCUGUGAGAAAUGCCAAGAGCUGGGGUUUUGCUGCGUACGGCUUCCAACGAUAUAUUUUGGAUAGUUACUUCGAUUAUUUUUUCUUUUCUUUUUUUAAAUGCUUUUUUACCUGCAUAUAGGACAGCUGAAUAUACAACAAUAUUAAUUUUGAAGAGGUCUCCUGAGAUUUUUCUAAUCAUUUUUACUGAUUAUUACAAUUCAGUGAAUAAAAUUGAAAUUUUCUUUAUGACUAAAAUUGUCUUAAUAUGAUGGUUAAAUCUUCUUACCUGAGCU